AUGUCCGCGGUCGCAGCAGACACCGCAUACCAGGCGCGCUCAUUGUACCGUUCGCUCCUGCGCCAGGCCCGUCAGUUUGCUGCCUACAACUUCCGCGAGUACGCGUUACGUCGGACGAAAGAUGCUUUCCGCGAAAACCAGCGCCUGACCGAUUCGCGGGAGAUACAAGAUGCCAUAUCAAACGGCUUGAAGGAGUUGCAGUCUCUGAAGAGACAAACUGUCAUCAGUCAGUUCUACCAGCUUGACCGGUUAGUAGUAGAAGGUGGUAAGACCGGCAAGCAAACUGGUGGAGAGGGCGGGAUUGUCAGGCAGAAGGAUACAGGCUGGGACUAA